AUGCCACAUCGCAGAUGGCCCGUAACUUGGUACGAUGAUAGCACGGGAAAAGGGUACAAAUACGGUGGUUGGGCAUACAAUAGCUCGGACUGGACUGCCGAUCUUUGGUCUUACGAACCUGGUGGACUUACUAUCUACUGGUCCCAAGAAGUCGCGCCUGCAACAUAUGGGCUAUCAUUCGGGUCUAAUGCCCCUUGGGCAUCAGCCCGGGCCGUGGGCAUCUCGACGUUGUACAACUUGGGAGGCUCCAUCGCUGGCGGCGGCUCUCUAACCCCGAACACCAUUCUCUCUGGUUUAGUGGAGCAUUUUCCGUCAAGCGAGCGUUGGAGCAAUUCUACAGGUGACGUUCCAGGCAGCUCCCCAUACUUCAAUCAGGCGCAGGCUCAAUUUGCUCCGAAUUUCGGUCGAGAAGGUUUUGUGAUUGUAGUCGGAGGUACUAACCCAAGUGGACAAACAUUCACAUUUGAGCAAGAUGCGUCGAUGCGCGACAUGGCAGAUAUAGUCUUGUAUGACGUAUCCACGAAGAAAUGGUAUGUUCAGCGAGCUACCGGAGACAUUCCUCCCCCCAAGGACCGAGUUCUGUACGGUGGGAAAGGCCUCAUCCGACCGGAAGACAUACGAACUAUUUGUACACGGGGGUAUGUCGAAUACAACCUACGACCUCAACUACCCUGA